GUUUCUGAGUAACACGAAUAAUGUACAUUUAACAAGUUACAUUUUGUGUUAAACUAUUUUACAAUAUUUUACAAUAGUAUCUAUAAUAAUUAUUACUGAUUACAAUACAAAUAAUAUGUAUUUUAUAAUAGUGCAUAUCUUGUAUUCUGUUGUCAUGGAUACAAGUGUCCUACAGAGAGCAGACACAGUUUUAUCACAGUGAGAUUUUAGGGACAUUGAUUUCUUAAUCUUUAAGUCAUAACUGCAAUAAAUUCUACUUGAACAGAUAAUAUGACUAAAGGAGGAAAGAGAUAUGUAAAUAUGGACCAAGAUGGCAAAUGGUUUGCCCAUGUUGGCUCGCAACAGUGUGAGGUAACACGAGAAGCCUGUACCACCACAGGAGCCAUGCUCUCCCAGGCCACACCACAACACAUGCAAGGACAAGAGAGAUAUCCCAAAACUUUUAUCAGCCAUGAAAAGAGGACAACGGGCAGGAGCUAUCGAUUUUCAGAGCAUGAUAACCGAGGUUCACUGAAAGAUAAUAUAAAUACAUAUGGUCAUGGCUUGGGUCGUAAGAAGUGUCUGGAUGACCGCCGGCAGCAUAACUCUCAUUUCUGCCUCUGUCAUGAUGGCAGUGUGAGUGCAGUAUGGUCGGGGAGCAGGGAUCAUUCAGCUUAUCAGACUGACUUCCUGCCCAAGCACAGCACAGAGAGCUCAGAAGGCACACAGCACAGACGCCGUUUUCCCAGGAACCAUCUGGAGCAGUCACAUCAGGCUGCUGUGGCCCAGGCUGAGGAGGGCUACAUGUGGUUUGGAAGGCAUGAUAUGAAUGACCGCACACCUCUUAAUGUACUGGCAGCUACCAACCACUCCAAAGCUUUGUAACUGAUAUAAUCCAGUCCCAAGAGAGCACAUUAAAGCA